AUGGCAGCUCUUGCUUCGAAGGCGCAAUCCCAGAAGCUCUUCGAGAAGUUAAAGACAAAGCCAGCAAACAGGAUUUGUUUUGAUUGUGGGGCAAAGAACCCGACAUGGACGUCUGUGCCUUUUGGAAUCUACCUCUGCCUUGAUUGCUCAUCGAAUCAUCGCAACUUGGGUGUUCACAUCUCCUUUGUGCGAUCGACAAACCUUGAUCAAUGGCAAUGGGAUCAGCUUCGGGUUAUGAAAGUUGGUGGUAACGAAUCUGCCACGAAAUACUUUCAAUCAAAUGGAGGUACUGCAGCACUCAAUAGCAAGGACCCCAAAACUAAAUACCAGUCGAACGCGGCCACGAAAUACAAGGAAGAGCUGAAGAGACGUGCUGCCAAGGAUGCUGCAGAAUACCCCAACGAAGUCGUUAUCACCGAUGCGGCGACUGAUGCCGCUGACGGAACUUCUACACCUGCCGGCGAACCUGAGGAUGACUUCUUUUCCUCUUGGGAUAAGCCUUCGAUCAAGCGACCAACACCCCCAAUCUCUCGAACUGCCACACCACCUGUUGUUGGACGAACACCUUCCCCAUUCCUCAAUGCCGGUGCCAAUGCCGCUGGUAACGGAAUCGCAAGAGCAACAUCACCACUAGGAAAAACAGAAGGGACAGCUGCAGCGCCUACGGCUAGCCGUAUUACAUCGUCUGCUGCGUUGCGGAAAAGCGCUACAACAGGGACCGGACCAAGAAAAGCAAAUGUCCUCGGCGCAAAGAAAACCAAGCUGGGUGCGAAGAAGGUUACUGGCGAUGUAAUUGAUUUUGAUGCCGCCGAGCGUAAGGCAAAGGAAGAAGCCGAGAGAAUCGAGAAAUUAGGCUAUGACCCUGAGGCCGAAGAAGCUGCGACAAAGAAGUCAACCGCAAAGGCAGCUGAUCUUUCGAGCAUUGCCGCACCAACACCGGUGAGCCCAGGAAGGGCAGGAUACGGCUCUGGUCACAGCAGAGAACGGUCAAAUGGUGAGGUUGAAAGACUCGGAAUGGGAAUGGGAAGACUUGGAUUUGGACAGAUUGGAGGCUCAAAACCUGCAGCUACUGCACAGAAGAAGAUGGGCGGUUUUGGCUCAGUUGGGCCUAUCAAGGCCACAAAAGAAGAUGAUGAUGAGAAAUACGCUCGUCAAAAGUUCGGCAGCCAAAAAGGCAUCUCGUCGGAUGAGUUCUUCGGCAAAGGGUCAUUUGAUCCGAGCGCACAAUCAGAAGCCAAAACUCGCCUACAAGGUUUCGAAGGUGCCACAUCUAUCUCAUCCAACGCUUAUUUCGGAAGACCUGAAGAAGAAGAGGGCGGAGAAGAUUACGGUGAUCUCGAGACCGCUGCAAAGGACUUUGUCAGAAAAUUUGGUGUCACAGCCGGAGAUGAUUUGGAUAACUUAACACAAGUCCUUGGGGAGGGUGCAAGCAAACUGCAAGGUGCCAUCAGAAGCUAUUUGAACGGCUGA